AUGGCCGCAAGUACAGUUACAGCUAACGGGAGGAGUGACGUCAUAUCAGACGCCGAAGCUCCAUUGCUAAACGACGUCGUCCGAGCUCCGUCGACUUCCGCGGCCGGCCCGCCGUCCGAUCAAAAUCCGGCUGCUGGAAGUGUUGAGAUGGCCGAGAGAUUUGCUUACUACGGCAUAAGUGCGAAUCUGGUGAGCUACUUGACCGGCCCGUUAGGCCAAUCUACUGCCAGGGCGGCGGCGAACGUGAACGCGUGGUCCGGCACGGCGUUUCUAUCUCCGCUGCUCGGCGCUUUCAUUGCCGAUUCUUAUUUGGGAAAAUAUCGGACGAUCGUCUUUGCAUCUCUGCUUUACAUCCUUAAUGGUACCGAAAUGGAGCCUGAUUUGACGAACGAAUCGGAAGGUAUAUCGGCCAUCUCACAUGACACUUACAUAGGACCUUCUGCUGAAAUGAUGAUCACCAUGCAAUUUCAGGGACUCGGUUUCUUGUCUCUAUCAGCCGCUCUUCAACACUCAGACAAAACACAUUCUCCCCCUCAGCUUCAGAUAAUCUUCUUCUUCUCUUCAUUGUACCUGGUCGCAUUAGCCCAAGGUGGGCACAAGCCCUGCCUGCAAGCUUUCGGGGCCGAACAAUUUGACGACAGUGAUCAGGACGAGUGCAAAGCCAAGAGCUCGUUUUUCAACUGGUGGAAUUUUUGCCUGUGUGCCAGUGUACUCGUGGGCCUCCUAGUCUUGAGCUACAUUCAGGACAACAUGAGUUGGGAGCUCGGGUUUGGGAUUCCAUGCAUCGUCAUGUGCCUCGCGCUUAUCGUGUUCGUUCUUGGUUCAUUUACCUAUCGUUUUCAACUCUUCAGUGGUCAGAGGAACCCGUUUUUUAGAAUUGGUCGUGUUUUUUUCGAGCUGGCUAGAAAUUGGAGGGUGAGGAACAACAAUGCAGUUCUAUCUGUCGAGGUGGAUUCUCGUUAUGAAAAAAACCCAGAGUUUUUGAAAAUAAGAAAAAGAACCCUUCGUUUAAUCAACAGUGAUACUAAAUCACUGCUUAGGUUUGUGGGAAAAGGCCUGCUCGAACCCAACAAUUCGAAAGACAUCGAGGAUGCAAAGACUAUCCUUAGACUUCUUCCGAUAUGCCUCACGUGCCUAGUGUACUCCACUGUGUACUCCCAAUCCACGACCUUCUUCACCAAGCAAGGCGCCACCAUGGACCGCCACAUCACCGCCAGCUUCCAGCUGCCGGCCGCCUCUCUCCAGUCCUUCACAGCCGCCUCACUCGUCCUCUUCAUCCCGAUUUACGAGCGUGUUCUUGUCCCAGUCGCCCGAGCCUUGACCCGAAAACCGACCGGCAUAUCCCUGCUCCAGAGAGUCGGGACAGGGGUAUUUUUGUCCGUAAUCUCGAUGACUGUUGCAGGUUUUGUGGAGAACAAGCGGCUGAAAGUCGCGCUCGAGCACGGGCUGGUCGACUCGCCUGGGGAAACGAUUCCCAUGAGCGUUUUGUGGCUGGGCCCACAGUACCUUGUCCUGGGGAUUGCUGACGUGUUCACGCUUGUCGGGCUUCAGGAGUUUGUGUACGAUCAAAUCCCGGGCGACCUGAAGAGCAUGGGGCUCGCCAUUUCGCUUGGUGUGCUCGGGACAGGUAGCUUUCUGAGCGGGUUUAUUGUGUCGGUUAUUGAUUGGGUUACGGGGAGUGGUGGUGGGGCCCACCAGAGUUGGUUCUCGAGCAAUUUGAACCGGGCCCACCUCGACUACUUCUACUGGCUGCUGGCUGGGCUCAGCGCCUGCUCGUGUGUGUUGUUUGUGUAUCUGGCUAGGUCUUAUGUUUAUUCACAAAUUAAUGAAGCCAAGGAAGAUGCGGAGAUAUUUCCUCGUCCCAUUUGUAAACAAAAGUCUUGA